AUGUGCGUAUCUGUAGUGCGGUGGAGGUUCGAUUUUGGACGAUCGAUCGCAGACUGGUCACGACGACCAGAUUGUCAACUCUAUCUCCAUUUCAAGGCACAAUUCGCGGCGGUGCUGUUCAGAUUGUUCCCCAUGGCACUGCUUCGCGCAUCGCGAAGGUCCCUCGCUUGCUUCCCGCAAGCACUCGCGAUCGCAGUCGUCGCAUUGGUGUUUUUCGCAAUUGGCUCGCUCGCGGCCGCUCUUCCGUCAAUUCGCGGCGUCGCCCCUCAAGACGUGGCGUACUUCUCGGGCAGCGAGGUGCGGUGCCGCGACGGGUCGCGGUCAAUCGCGGUGCAGCGAGUCAACGACGACUUCUGUGACUGCGCUGACGGCACCGACGAGCCGGGUACGUCAGCAUGCGCCCUGUCGCGCUUCUACUGCGCCAACCGCGGCCACAUGCCUCUGACGCUCUUCUCCUCGCGAGUCAACGACGGCAUCUGCGACUGCUGUGACGGGUCGGACGAGUACGCCACCGGGGCGGGCUGCAACAACACGUGUGUGCAGAUGGGCGCGGAGACGCGCACCCAGCUGGCAGCUGAAGUGGCGACAGUGAGGGAGGGCGUGAAGCUGCGAGGCAAGGCGGUGGUGGGGCACGUGGCGCUGCGGGAGAAGUGGGAGCGCGAGGUCACUGACCUGGAGGAGCGGCGCGCACAGCUGGUGGAGCAGGAGAAGGCGCUCAAAGCACGCAAGGAGGAGUUGGAGCGGCAGGAGGGGAGGGAGAGGGCGUGGAGGGCGAGGCUGGAGAGGGAGCAGCGCGCCCGGGACGCGCUUGUGGCGCACUCCCGCCCAAAGAGAAUCGCUGCUGCUCUUGAUGGUGGCGGCAGUAGUGCUGGUGAGGGUGGAGAGAGUGGCGGUGGUGGAGAGGAGCAGGUGGCAGCAGGGGCAGAGGAGCUGUGGACUGGCGGCCAUGGGGCCAAUGGGGCAGAUGGCGGGGAUGGUGGUGCCAGUGCUGUGGAGGGCGCAGGGAGCGAGGAGAAAGCGCAAGGAGACGAGGGAGCAGCAGGGGGCGAGGGGGAAGGAGGCAGCGAGGAUUUGUCUGGUCUGUCGAAGGAGGAGAUGGGGCGACGGAUUGCGUCCCGAUGGACUGGCGGGGGGGAGGGCGGGCAGCAGCACGAGGAGCACAGCGGGCAUGCUGCAGAGCACAGCGGGCAUGCUGCAGAGCAAGGUGUGGCGGAUGAGGGCUUGGCACCCCCUGAUGUGGGCUAUGGUGAUCCGGAUGCGGUGCAGAGCGGUGAUGAUGAUCUUGAUCAUGACGACGACCAUGAUUAUAGUGGCAGUGAUGAUGAUGAGUACAAGGAGGAUGUUAAUAACGAGGAUGAGGACUACAGCAAGGAUGGUGAGGAAGACGUGGACGUGGAUGGGGAUGCAGAGAGUGAGGGGGAGGAGGAGGCAGCGGAUCUGGAGCAAGGAAUGGGGGCAGGGGGAGGGGGAGCGGAUGAGGGCACGGGAGGGGCAAGGGGGGAUGGCGGAGGGGCGGAGGAGGAGGAUGGGGAGGAGGGCGAGGUGAGUGCGGAGGAGUUGAAGCAGCUGGAGGAGUUCAACCCAGAUGACCCGCCAGCCGUGACACCUGUCAGCGUCUGGUUGGCUCGCACCCUCCACUGGCCCAUGGCCGUGUGUUCCCGCCUCUACUCCCUCGCUGCCCCCACGCCGCCCCUCACUCUGAACGCCUCUCGCGUGGAGGCAGCGCGGGAGGAGCACAGGGGGGUGGAGGAGCAGCUGAGGAAGGCGAGGAGCCGCGCCAAGGUGCUUAAGGACAAGCUCAAGCGCGACUAUGGGCCGCACGGGGAGUUCUCCAACCUCGUGGACCGCUGCUUCUCCUUCAACGCCAACCAGUACACGUAUGAGAUCUGCCCGUACAAGAAGGCCGUGCAGAAGGAAGGCCACUCCGAGACGACUCUUGGGCACUUCAAGCGGUUUGAGGAGGGGCACACGGUGAUGGCGUUCGAGGAUGGCGAGCACUGCUGGAACGGACCGGCUCGGAGCAUCAAGGUGGCAUUCAAGUGCGGGGCGGAGGUGGCGGUGCUGGCGGUGGACGAGCCCAACCGCUGCGAGUACGCGGCCACCAUGACCACGCCGUCCGUUUGCACCGAGGAAAAAGCCAAGGAGCUGGAGCAGCAGCUGGAGGCAAUGCUGCACGACAUUCAGCCCACCCAUGAUGAGCUCUGA